UCCCGCAUGAGUUUCAGAUCCUAAAGGAACACGGAUUUCACCAAAUAAAGGUUUAUUCUCUUUUUCGUCGAUGCAGAACGCAGGCUUUGGUGCGAUUUACCGGUAACAGUUCGACCACUGGUAGACGGGGUACUGCCUAGCAACAAGCUUCCCCCCAAAAAAAACCAGAUUUAAAGCAGUUGUGACCUAGAUAGCUUCAGGGAUAGAUCGCCUGAACGUUCUGUGUAGUGCAUUGUAUUUGUUUGGCGUUCAGUUGCGGUCGCAUGUGGUUAGAACUAAAAUUUCAAAAGAAAAGCUACAAUGAUAAAUCCUCUGUGGCAACAGCCAGGUCUAGACCGUUUGAUAGGAAUACUAGUAGCUAGUGUCGCAUUGUUUUUGGUUGAAAUCGUAAUGAGCCACAUCACUCAUUCCCUGACGCUACUCGCUGUCGCGUAUCACAUGUUGUACAACAUUUUCUCGCUGAUUGGAUGCAUUGCUACUAUCAAGAUGUGCCAGCGCGGCUCCAGCGUAUCUAACACGUUCGGAUGGGCACGACUGGAGGUUUUAUCGACGGUGGUCAACCUACUCUUUCUCAGCGCACUGGAUUUCUCAUUGGUUGUGGAGGCUAUUCAAACUUUAAUUCAUGUGGACCACAUGGAUGCAAUGCACCAACCUGAAAUUAUAUGUAUUGUGGCCGGCGUAGGAAUAAUUUUCAAUUGCAUUUGCAUUCUACUAAUUGGAGGAUUUACGCAUCAUCAGGGCAGUUUUCUAGCUCUGACGCCGGGAGGGGAUGUGGUUGUCCAGCAUGGCGUUGUCACCGAAGACGCUGUCCGUAAAGGCCUACGUCGUCUGGCUACAACCGAAAGAAGCGAAUGUGCUGGUGGAACGCAAGGCGAUAUCCAAGAGUCGGAAAUAGAUGUCAUGAUGUCCCAAAAAGGAGAAUCAGACCCGAAAAUGAAAAGUGUCAUUGCGAGAGUAUCACAAAGAUGGCCAACCAUGUACGCCGUAUUACGAGACAACGCCAGCACUGUCAUCGCUCUCGUCACAGCAGUGGUUGUUUACAUGAAUGGCGAAAGUUUAACUUCUUUGUUAAUCGAUCCUAUUCUAACACUUGUUUCUGUUGCUAUUCUUGCCAUCACGUCAUACCCUUUCAUUAUACAAGCAGGCCAAAUUCUCCUGCAAACAACACCAGCCCACAUUGAUGUUGGCGAACUAAAAACAAAGCUUAAAGAUACGUUUCCAUCAGUCGUAAGCAUUCACGAUUUGCACGUGUGGGCUCUAACUCCAGAUAGAGUCAUUUCUACUGCCCAUUUGGUCUUCAUGAAUGAAAACGUUUAUCUGGGAGUCAAGAAGCCUAUCAAUGAUUUCUUUCUCGGACAGGGGAUUACCAGAGUAACAUUACAACCAGAAUUCUACAAGUUUGGAAACUUGACACCUGCACAAAGUAAAAGCUGUGUACUAACCUGCAACAAAGAAGUUUGCAAAUCAAGGACCUGUUGCAACUAUGAACGUGCAGCCAACGACGUUGUUCCUGUUGAAGACGUCGAAUCGCCAGCACAUAGUCAGGACCUUGCUGAAAUGACCACUAAGACCCACAGAGUGACGAUUGUUCUAGACCAUUCCAGGGUUUCUUCGAAUUGUAACAGCACAUCUUCUAUCGACGAUCAAUGUCAAUUAAAUCGCCAAACCUUCAAUCAUGUCACACAUGACAGCUGCAGCACUGAAUGUGAGUCACACUCAAAUGUGUUAAAAACGACGUGUAAGAUGGAAACAGCUGAUCAAAGGGCACAUGGAGUUUCAGAAAAAAGUUUGGAUUCACCUGAUUAAAACUUUGCUCAUAAUGUUUCCUGCUUAACUCAAUAAGGAAUCAAAUAAAGUGGUUUUUUAAUGUUGGAAAAUACAGUUUGAAAAAAAUUUAAA